AUGUGGCUCCUUACCUGCGAUGGAGACCUGUUUGAGGGCAAACGAAUCUGGCUGCGACCGGGCACCACACACAUCCUUGGACGCACGACUGGCCGCGCCGAGGGCGGCGAACGUAUCCAGUACAUCAACAACAAGUCCGUCUCGCGCAAGCACCUGACCAUUGAGGUCGAGCGGGUAGCCCCAGGUGAUGCUGCAAAACUCUUCACCCGGAGCAACAUCAAGAUCACCGACGGUAGUAAGCUGGGCACUACUCUCAACGGCGAGAAGAUUGUGCAGGAGAGCCAGGCGCUGAAUACCAAGGAAUGCACGAUCAAACUCGGCAGCUAUGAGCACCUGUUUCAUCUCUCCUGGCAUCCCGUCACCAUCUCCUUCACCAGUGCGUCGAAGAAGACGAAGCACGAAGCCCUCUCCGGCCCACGACACGACGCCUUGGAGCAGGCCGACAUCAAAAUCAUCUCGGAUUACGUGGUGAACGAGACGACUCAUGCGGUGGCCAAGAAGCGCAAUACGCCUCCUGCCCUCCAUGCUCUCAUCCAGGCGAGAUGGCUCGUCACCGAGGCGUUUGUCGAUGCUUUGCACAACGUCGCCACUUCAAGUGGGCCCCAGGAUGCAUCCGCGCUGGAACAAGACUUUGAUGCCAACUGGCCCAAUGAGGAGCAGUUCUUUGUGCCUGCAGCAACUGAACCGCAGCCGCGGGAGGAUUACUAUCUCAAGCCGAGCCCGGAUCGCGCAGACGUUUUCCAGCACUACACCUUUAUCUUUCUUUCACAAGCACAACACAACCAGCUUUCGGCAGUCAUCAAUGCUGGAAAUGGCAAGGCUCUACUUAAAGAAGUUGAACGGGGCCAAGACAGUGUCGCGGCAAUUGCGGACUACGUAAAGCAAGUUGCUGGCCGCAAAGGAUCUGCGCAAUUCAAGCUUAGCCAACAGACUGGCGAUGGAGGGGUGGUGGUCGUUCGAUGGCAUGAACGAGACGAACAAGAUCGAGAGUUCAUGAGAGAGUUGGACCUCGCUCUUGAUCAGCGCUCAAUUGAGCAGAACGAGUUUCUUGAUGCGAUCCUGACUUCCGAUGCUAGUGGAUUACGCAGACGACUGCUGGAGUCUGAAAGCGUGGAGGACGUAAAUGGGACUGCACGAGCGACCGAGCAGAGGUCACAGUCGCAUCAGAGUCGGGGACAGGAACGAGCGGUGAAUGGAGAAGAUUCGCCGUCAUUCGAAGAAGCUCAACCCAUUCACUCCAAGACGGAGCCACCGCCCUCCUCACAGCCAGAUAAUGAAAACGCCUCAACUUCACGACCAACCGAAGAGCAAGAGCCCACGACUGCAGCAAAACGACGCAACAGACGCAUCAUUACUCAGUCUCGCUUCCGGGGUUUCGACGAUUUCGAUCCAAGCCAAUUUGCUCAGCCAGCCUCUGCAUCUCCGGAGCCUUCACAGAAUAACGCGGAGCCAAGUCAGCUGUCAGGCCAUCAAGAUAUGGAUGUCGAUGCGCAGCCUUCGGGAACACAACGUAGCACUCGCAAACGACCACUACCCGGCCCACAAGUGGAAAGCGAAGACGAUGUGUUUGCCGACAUCGCUCCCGCCCACGCAGCGAUGAAGCGCAGGAAGCUGGAAGCCGCUCGCAACGGCGACCAAGACGGAGAUUCCUACGCCCAAGCUGUACACGAAUCUGAACGCCGUGUGGCUGCCGCUGCAUCGGAACAGACAAAGGCGGCGAAAGGCAAGAAGACCAAGGAGCGCGACAUCAUGGCUGAGGUGCAGACACGUCGCUUAGCGGAGGAAGAGCGACGCCGGGCCGAUGAAGAGUCGCUGCGCCAAGACAUGCAAGAUGUGGACCUCAAGGGGAUCAAAGCGCUGGUCGAGGAAAUGGAAAUGCCUGCCCGUCGGCUGCAAAAGCCACGCGAUGGAGUGGAAGACGCAUGGGAUGCUGCGUGGAAUGGACGGAAGAAUUUCAAGAAGUUCCGGAAGCAUCAUCGCGGCGGUGGCGGCAACGAGGUUCCGGAGUUGCGGAGAGUGAUUGUCACGCUUGAGGAGAUGCCGAGACAGGGCCGUGGGCUUGGGGACGAGUACUGGCUGAAUGACUCCUCUCUUACCUCGGCCUCCACGACGUCGGCGCGAGCGAAGGCCAGGAAUCUUGCAUCACAGUCCCAGAACGCGCGCGGCUCACAACGCGAGGUGGUGAUGGUGGAAGACGAUGACGAGGAUGGAGACGAUGCCGACGAUCCGUCUCGCUUUCGCCGUCGCCAACUCGCCGCCGCUCUGGAGACAUCUCGUCAAGAAGAUGAGGAGGCGGCGUAUGUGGAUGAUUUUAGGCCGGACGAAGUCGCAGGCCGACCCCGAGAUGAUGCGAUUCGGGAUGCGUUGAGGGCCAGCAAUGGCACGCCGAGCCAGACUUUGCGCUCGCAGACUCAGAAGGGUGCUGCUGUCACAGGAAAGCGAGCGGCGGCGCAGCAGGGCGGUGGACCAGCGAAGCGGGCGAGGCAGACUACGCUCGCAUCGGCUGUCGUGGAAGACGAAGACGACGAUGGGUUGAAGUUCAGACGCAGGAGGUGA